AUGAAUUUCAAAUUCUAUUCCACAAUUAUCUACCUGGUGUUGGUUAAAGAUGAAUCCCUGGCCACAAACCAAUCAACGCUUCGUCUCGGAGGAACAUCGGCUUCUCCAGGAUCAAGUCUAUUCGCACAUAUCACUGGCAAAGAAUCAACGGGUCGACCAAACGAAUUCGGCUUCACCACAAGUUCAAAUGGUUUAAGCAACGAUGAUCUCUCCACCGACUUUUUAUUAAAUUUUACUUACGAGGAAGACCGCUCCGAAGAAAAGCAACCAAAGACUUUAUUUCAAUGGUCUUGGUCAACAAUGGAAUGGCCUUGGUGGGUUAUCUUACAGAUGGUUUCUGCGAUUCUGGGUAUAGUGGGGAACUUCCUGGUCAUCCUUGUGGUGUUCUGGAAAAAUUCCUCAAGACGCUCCACUGACAUCCUGGUGGGCAAUCUAGCCCUUGCAGAUUUCUUGUUAUCCAUCGUGAUGAUUCCUCGCCCGAAAGCUCAAACAAUGCCUUCGAGUGUUGUGGGACGUCUCUAUUGUCGCUUUAUCUUUUCUCCUUCGUUACAAUGGAUGCUAAUGACGGUAUCUUCUUAUCAACUUGUCGCCAUAUGUUUCGACCGCUACUUCGCGGUUGUCCAUCCUCUCACCUUCAAUCGCAUGGUCACAAAGAGGCGAGUGUGGAUUUGUACAGCUCUUGUUUGGUUGACGUUCAUGCUCGCAGGAAGCAGGGCCAUCUUUGGGUACUAUGUUGAAGACCACAAUGGACGGUGCGUUCGCAGAAGACUUUCAGUCGAAGGCGACAUGGCCUUUGCUGUUUACCACCUCUGUCUUCGCAUUGGUUCGCCAACUGUAUUCAUCCUUCUCACCCAAAUUCUAAUAGCCAAGAAACUUUAUCGAGAGGACCAACAUUUCUCCAAGAUCUUAACAGAAGGAUCUGUCACCGCUGGUAAGCCAUCAAAUCAUCUUAAAGCUCGUACUCGCGUUCUUAAGAUGAUGCUUAUUGUCAUAGUUGUAUUCAUCAUUUGUUGGGCACCAGAUCAGAUUGCCUACUUCUUCGCAAAAAUGGGGUUCGACAUUGCCAGGAAUUACCUUGGGAGUCCACUGCAACGUUCCUUCGUAAACCUUACUUACUUCAACUCGUGCGUGAAUCCUUUCAUCUACACUGCCAGAAGUCCAAGGUUUCGUAAAGCACUCAAAGGCAUUUUUAACUGUUCCCGAUCAAGCCACGAUCCUGUCUUUGGACACGAAGUGCAAACAUCCUCUAGCCAGGGGCGUAACAAGGGUCGGUGGCCAGGGGGGACAAGAGCCCAAAAUUUCCCGGUCAUAUCAUCAUGA